GUUUUUGGCAAGACUACACCUUGGAUGGGAUUCGACUUGAUCAUGCUGGUGGUGCUCCUGGUCCUGGUGUCCACUCUGGGAUGUCCAUUUCAAACAUAGAGCAAGGACAACAAGAGCAGCAAGUAGCCCCCCCACAGAGUAGAAGUUUGAAAUAUCUGGGUUUGUGGCCGCCAGAUCAUAUGAAAGCAAAAGGCGAAUUCCAUGCUUCAGGGCACGAAUUUGAGAAGAUGAAGCUACGAUUGAAAGAUGCUGAGUGGGUGAAGACGGUCGAAUGGUUUAGAGCGUAUUCCGUAGCUGUAGUUAAAAAAUCAGGUUCUGGUGAUGCUCCUGAUUCUUCUGGUGGUACAAGUACAAGCGGAGAACGAAAUAGAAAUAGAAAUCCAACCAGCGUUUCAUCGACAUCAUCAACGAGUCGCAGUCCUGCUGUAAACGCUCUGGACACGCUUACUGGCACGCCAUUUGAUAAAUAUGCUGCCUCAGCUUCGUACUUGAUUCUGACGGAGAAAGUACUGAAAAAGAUGCGUGAAGCGUUGAGGAUCGCGAUAUCAAAGGACCACACUGGAAGUGGAUUAUCGAAAGAGGUUCUUCUAUCUGACAAUGUCGCUUUCAAAAAUCGGAAAUUCAUUGUGCCGACACCGAUACCGAUAGAGAAGUCCUCAUCCUCUGGAAGAGAUGACAACAUGAUCAACAUCUUCGAUGAAAUCGAGCUAGAGCUAUUCGCCAAGGACCACUCGUAUCGAAGUCUCGUUACAGAAGCUAGGGCACUGCUACUUCUCGCCGAGAUGGGUCUGGAGUGGGAAAUGAAAGGUGUGCCUAGGGUAUUGUACGAUAGGACGCUCAUUUCCGCGGAAUUCUGGCCACUUUGGAAACUGUUGUCCAACAUCGAACGCACAGGUGCAGUAACCCGUCAUUACAGCAAGAUGUUGCCCGAAAAACGGCUUGUGGAUCUGAAACGGAUGCAGCAGACGAAUGCGCUUACUCGUGUGGAGAGUAUCAAGAAUACUAUUGAUGAGCACGAGGAUAAUAAGGUGGACGUGGAUGCUACAACGAGGACCCGUGUAUUAGGUUCUGAACAAAAGCAGGAUGUAUGAAAGGAAAAAGUGCACUCACACUCAAGAACUUGGCUAGGAUUUAAGUAGGAAAGUGGCUCCUUUCUUGAGCGUGAGUGCGCCUUUUCUUUUCAUAGGAUGCUGGGGUAUUACCUCAGUUGUCAUCUGCUCUACCAGCACAAAAAGUGGCUCAUGUAGCGUUCUCCGGAAACCAGGAUCAAGUCCCUGGCAUCGUCGCUAGCAUCAACAGCCUCAUAGUGAAUACGAGACAUCCAGAAAACGUCGUUUUGCAUUUCUUUCUGACGAAGGACGAUUUAGCAGUCUUGAUGAACGUUUUUGCGUGCAGCUUCAAAGCGAAAUGGUAUCGAGAAUUUGAAAGGGCUGGGGGUUCUACAUCCGAUUCCGAUACAACCCCAAGUUGUAGCGGUAGUGCAACGAGUGAAGAAACUGGUGCAAGUGGAGAAACUGAUGUCAGAUCUGCAGAUCUCAGCUCAUCUGCAUUCGAGAUGAUUUUGGACACGGAUGAGACAAUUGCUUUAGACCUGCGAGAUUUGAUGCUAGAGGGGGAUGCGAUCGUGGAGGUACUAGACGGCCACGGUGGAAACUCGUACUCGAAAGCAGCAAAUAGGAAUAAUGUCUUCUCCAUUGGAGACAUUCGUAUGCUAAACACUUUUUUACGCACCGACGGCUCGGAAGUUGGUGAGUUGCUUUGUAAACACGCAACGUUUCUGUUGUAUGGGCGAACGCGGUUGAAGCUUCAUCUGUUCCAUCCGCAAGAGCUGGCGCAUUUUAUCUCUCCAGAUGCGCACAACAGCAAUCACGGGAAUUUAACGGCGCCACAUAACUACGUGAGAUUCUCCCUUCCGCGAAGAUUGGAAAAAGUGAGAUUACAUUCAACUUCACCUUCAAGAGCUGCCGCGAACGAAAUAGAGAUAAUUUCUGUGGACAAGAUCCUCUACCUGGAUGUAGAUCUCAUUGUGCAAGGCGACGUGACGGAAAUUCUGGUGGCUGAUGACGCCCUGCAUGAGGAAAGUCACACUCGUGACGGAACUUCUACUGUUCGGAGUAUUAGAAGUUCUCUUCAUAUUGCCCCAAUAGCUGCAGUCCCGCGACCCAACCCGUUAUCCACGUUCCUCUACAAUUGGGACCAUGAGAAAGCCAGACACUGGCAACCAGUCUUUUCAACUCCCAGUUUCAAUGCGGGUGUGAUGCUGUUUGAUUUAGAACUUUGGAGGCGCCUGGAUUUAGAGACGGAUUUGAGCGACAACGUCUUUCGCGUGUCGAAUGAGCAUGGACGAUACUGGCGUUUAGGGAGUCAACCACCUUUAUUGUCGCAUUUCCUAGAUUCGUGGAGUAGCAGUGCAAGUAGAAGUGCCUCUUCCAGCAGGUCUAGCAGUAGUACUCCUCGUAAUGAGAAUAAACAACCAACUGAAGCUGAUGGCGUUGAAGAUUCACGAUCACUUGCGGAGGAAGACAAGACCGGGACACUGAAGACACCUUCAUCUUCAGCAUCAGUAGAAGACAGCGCCUCCGCCUCCGUGCUGUCUCGGCGUGUUCGUUUUCUGGGUCCCGAAUGGAAUGUGGAGGGUCUAGGACACCACUGCCAGUCGUCUUUCUUCGAUAAAGACGAGUGCCUGACCAAGAUGCGGAGGAAAAUAGCAACAGGCAAAAUCCUGCAUUGGACCGGACCAAAUAAGCCGUGGAUUCACGUAGACAACCAGUUCGAUUUCAACUCCAAAUUCAUGAACACGACCAUGAUGGCGACACCGAAUAAAGAUGGGGACGCAAGUGCGGAUCAUGGCUUUUACAAGUCCAUUUGGGACCAAUACGCAACACACUGCUGGUUUUGAAUUUCAUUGCGGCAAACUACAUCAAUUCUUGCUAGUAUCGUUCUGGUUAUCGAUUUGAUUUGUGCCUCUUGCGUCUUAUACAAUUACAAUCAACAUACACUCACACUUGCGGCUCUUAGAGAUACUCAAUUGCUUUGUCUUCAACACAAAAAACGCGCAUAAGAAGUAGAUUGCCACCACUUCGACUGAUGAUCGUCAUUCUAGCUGACCGCAACGCCAUGAAUCAUCCGAUGCAUGCUGAAAUAUUCGCUUCACG